CACCAUCAUCAUCAUCAUCAUCAUCAUCACCCCUCGCGGUACGAUUCGUAGGAACGAAAAUUGUUGCGAUGCACAUGAUACUGCCGGACGGUUUGACCCCUAUUAGAAAUCGGAGGCCAGAAAGAGAGUGAAGAAAACAAAGUACCAGAGCAAGCGAUUUUCCAGAGCCCCGGAGCCCCGAAACAAAAACGUCGUUCUGUUCGUGUCUCUCUCCAACAACAGCGGCGCACAGAGAGACGSAGCGAACGAGAGGCCCGGCAGUGYGAUCCGUUUUCCUUYUGGGGUACUCCGCAUUUCUGGAAACUCGAAUUGGAUUCAUUGGUGAACGAAAUCUUUCUUUCGGUGAACAUGGGAAUCAACGAACAMAAACGAGACGAAGAAAGCCCUUUGUGGAGUAGUCCACGGUCCGACCCCCAGAAGGAAUCUCCCUGGCUGAAAGACCAGCGGCGGGCUCCUCGAUCCGUGCGCACCCCCCCUUCCUACAACAGCAACAGCAGCAUCCAUUCCCAUUCCCAUCGCGGAAAGAGAAGGCUUCCGAAACCCAAUUUUAGUGGAAGCAACAAGAGCAAGAGCCACAACCCUUUUGACUCGCCCCUGUCGCCGUCGGUCGGAAACAGAUCGCCKCCCAUUGCUGCCCCCGUCAGCCGCAACCCGAGUCCGAGCGAGGGUGACCACCGAACGGCGAUGAACGCCGGAAGGACGAAUCCGUUCGAUUCUCCWACGCCGGUGCGGAAAUCCGUCGGAGCCAGAAACAAUCCGUUUGACGAAUCCCCCGCAUCCUCCGUGGGACAACCCCCGAAAAGGCACGGYCAUCCCCGUUCCGCUGCGAAGCAAGYGUUGUACAACCCGUUCGAUCCCGSUACGGGCAGCGGCGCGGGCGGCGUCGAUUCACCCUAUUAUCCCCAGGUGAAGGUGACGGUGCACACGCAACAAGACGUUCGCCCGACCAAACAACAAGGGUCGGUGGCCGUGGACAGCCUAGAUCAAAUAYUAGACGUCACYGAGGAAACAACAACGGCGGACGAGAGCGAGGAUGCCGGAGAACGCUUGGAGGAAAACGGCAGAGAAGAAUGGUCGGACGAACCUUUUCCGCACCACAGGCAGCUCUCGGAAGCACACCGGGGAUAUCCUUCGGAGUUGCAGCAGCAAGAGCAGAUGUUCUACCCCCAAACUCCCCCGCCAUUAACGCCSACUCCCUCCAACUUUUCGUCAGCUCUGUCUCGCAACGGCUACUCGGAAGAUGGCACCCACACCACUGCYACUCCUUCGGAGAAGGCACUGAUGGCGGCAGAAACCCUGAAAAAAAGUUUUCAGCAGAGGAGACGGCAAAAGAARGAGGGAGCGAGAGGGAUUUUGCCCACCACGAUAGACGAACAGCACGAGGAACGGGUGCCACGRYCGAACCAGAAGGAUUCACACGACAAAACACCGGUUUCGGAGGACGGUCGUCCGGAUGGACUCGKAAAAGGAAAGGCYUUGGCGGGGGUUGCAGCAAAACGAAGGGCCGAAGCGGAUGCAAAGCAGUCAACCGCACCUCCCCCGUUUGUCGGGGACGCAGAUCCAACCAAGCGCAUCCCACAGACCGAGUCGCAGCCAACCCGGAAUCCRACYACGGGAGACCAAAAUKUGGGGGCUUCCCCCGUGCAGGYURCAGGUUCUCAACAACAASAAGAACAACAGCCACGUUCGAACCAGCGAGCGGAGCAAGCCGCCGGCACCACCAGCGCAAAUGGAAACUACACGUUGCACGACUUGUGCGACGAAGCAGUGGGCACGGAYGACCUCGCCUGGCACAAUGCGCUCUAUCUUCUUACCAUCCGGCCGGACYUGGGCGGUCAGAUCGAACCCGAGUGCAAGAUGACGCCUCUCCACGUGGCUUGUUUGGCACAGACAGCACCACCGAUCUGGAUAACGAGGGGUUUGUUGUAUGCGUCUCCGGGGACCUGCCGGCAACCAGACACGGGAGGACGACUGCCMCUUCACUUGUUGGUGGCCACUACGGCAGACCUCGACACCRUUCGAUUGCUGGUAGAAGAAUACCCGCCCAGUGUUGCCCACAGGGACGAUCGUGGGUUUACUCCCCUUCAGUUGCUCCUGAAACGAAACGACUUUGAUGGAUUGCUGACRCUAGAACACCUGCGGCUUUUGCUGGGGCAAGAUGUCGAAGGAAUACGAAGGAAACCCAAGAACCGUCUUUUGUUUCGGAGGGGAGAUCAUUUGAAGAGCGAUUURCGCCUGCAGGAUCUGGAGUGGCUAGCGGAAGAACGGCACCAAAGACACGAGUCGACGUUUCGUGAGUAUCCGGACGACGUGCGGCGAGCCUUGACCAAGCUUUCCCAAUGGAAACGGCGACAAGCAAACAAACAAGUCGACAAGAACAACGGUGAAAGCAGCGGCCAUUUUGCGGACGAAGAGUUUCAUUUUCUGCAAUCGAGAAUGGCGGAUUUCGUCAAUCCGGCGUCCAUUCCGACUCCUACCGGCCAACUKCUUCCAUUGCAUUUGCUGGUGCGUCGAAGCUUCCACUCGGAUACUGGAACAYCAAGGCAGAACCUACACUCUAUCAAACGAGCAGGAAAGGUGGAUCURUUGAGAGUUUUGAUCGCUGCGUUCCCACAGGGAUUGGUUGCAGUGGAUGCAAAUGGGAAGACACCCAUCAUGACCGCUAUGCUGCAAAAAAAUGCACCGCCCAGCGAAGAAGUCGUYGAUCUAUUGCUGGGUUUGAGGACCCCUGGAGUUGACGGGAGAAACGACACCAGGAGACCUGCAUUGAUACCUACCGCAGACACCCUUCAAACGCCGCUGCACGUAGCYGCAGAAGAAUUUGUAUCGAACUAUUCUCUGUUGAGCACAGUUUGUGAGGCGUACCCAGAUGCCAGAACUGUUCAGGAUGCAUGGGGACGAACACCUCUUCACUUGGCCUUUCAAAACUWCCGAUCGGUUCCGAUUGACGAAGCGACGCUGGAAUUGUUGUUUGUCAAACCGGUUGCGAAAAUCGAAGACAACGAAGGAAAAACGCCCCUCGACUUUUUACUGGAAAACCCAGCUUGCGUUAUCCGGGAACCCUCCAAACUGCGCAAGGACGACAGACAGAACUCGGGAAUGGUCUUUCAGGACUUUUUUGACGCCUCSGUAGAGCGGCCACGAAACCGAUCGGAGGCCCGCGACUUUCUCGCCAGGUUCCAGAAGUUUCCGCCCUGGCUGAGACGCCAGGCAUGCGCGGCCAGGUUYGUCCAAGAUAUUUUGGUCGAAGAAAUUGCGUCACCGUUCACCACGUUUCGAAUACUGGGGUCGGGAAUUGUCUUGGCGUUGUUGUUGGUCGCCCUGCGCCGGAUGUUGCACAUGGAUCCAGAUUACACGCUCUUGAUUUAUUACCUGGCUUCGUAUCACCUCKUAAUGCAACUUAUUCAGUGGGGAAUAGCAAUACACAUGGGGGAAUKUUUUCGAUUGUGCCUUUCAAAUAUCUGGAGAUGGUUUGACCUGGCAACAGUUGCUCUUUCGAUUUCUUGCGCCUUGUAUGUCUCUCGAGAAAUUAUUGACACCGACGACGGUAUCGGUGUUUUCUUUCCGAGGUUGGGGGCUUCUGCGACGAUAGCUUGYUGGUUGAGUCUUGUGGGAUAUUUUAUGGAGUGGUCCUGCGGACUAGCUGUGUUCAUAGGGUCGGCGACGCAACUACUUUCGGUAUUGUUCUGGCCAUUGUUUCUUGCUGCUAUUGGAUUCCUUGCAACGUCACAAGUUUURUUCACCUUGGAAGACUGCUCCGAUGGGGGAAACUGCAGUCUUUUGGAGUAUUAUACCUUGAUUUACCGGACAAUUCUUGGCCAGCCUGUUUUGACCGACUCAGACUACGACCUUUCACCCGKCACUUCGACGUUGCUUGUUAUAUUUUCGAUUUUAUGCAUAUGGUGGAUACUCUCUAUCAUUGCUAUGGUCGUAACAGAAGCAGGGCGACUGGAUCGUCGACAACUUGCUUUGGCAUGGUACUGGGAGCCGAAAGUGGCRCUCACGGUGAUGACAUCUGCUGCUACUACAAACAAGAACGAGAAAACCAGAUAUCAUCCAUCGCUUGUGGAAAACUACUGCGAUUUGUCGGAAAAGUAYUGGCAUAUCUUUGAGUCGGCUCUUCGCGGGGAAARAAGCGACGUGCAUUGGGAUGCACUUUGCUUUCGGUCGACCACAAUGCUUUUCUUGACGGGGUUCAUGGCGCUGUUUUUGCUUCCGAUWUGGUUUUUCUUGGGAUUGGUKUCUUUGGGACUGUUGUGGCCACCGCAAAUUCGUCGAUGGGUCUUUUGUCCCCGCCCCGCAAGCAGCACAAUAUUUAACAGGGGAAGUCGUGCUUACGCACCCAACGAGGAGGAUCCGACCAGGACGAAAGUCUCGCAGCUUCGCACCGACGUGAUGCAUUUCAAGGCCACUACCUAUGAUCAAAACGAUCGAAUYCAAAAAGAUCUCGCAGUGAUCAAAGACAUUAUCUUUCGAGCAUCGAUGGAUGGAGAGGAAAGACCGGAGUAGAAAGAAGGUGAAGAGGGCGUGUCGAGCAUCGAUCUUCGCAAGAGGUUAUCAUGAACGCACACCUUUUUUCUUCAUAAAUAAUACUGUAAAUGUGAU